AUGCCUUAUCUUAACUCACAUCAACUUAGAUCUUCAUUCAUAGAAUUUUUUAAAAAAUAUAAUCAUUAUCAUUUUCCAUCAUCUUCAGUUGUGCCAAAAAAUGAUAAUACUAUUUUAUUUACUAGUGCCGGAAUGAACCAAUUUAAAUCUAUUUUUCUUAAUCAACUUCCUGAGAAUGAUCCUAUGAGAAAUUUAAGGCGUGUUGUUAAUUCUCAAAAAUGUAUACGUGCUGGAGGAAAGCAUAAUGAUUUAAAUGAAGUUGGAAAAGAUACUUAUCAUCAUACAUUUUUUGAAAUGUUAGGAAAUUGGUCAUUUGGUGAUUAUUUUAAAGAAGAUACUUGUAAAUAUGCCUGGAGUUAUUUGACUGAUGUUUUGGGGAUUUCUCCUGAUAGAUUGUAUGUAUCAUAUUUUGGUGGUGAUACUAAAUUAGGAUUAGAGGCUGACCUGGAAACUAGGGAGAUUUGGAGUAAUAUUGGUGUCAAAGAUAGUCAUGUUGUUAUUGGAAGUAGCAAAGAUAAUUUUUGGGAAAUGGGUGUAACUGGACCAUGUGGACCAUGUUCAGAAAUUCAUAUUGACAGGAUCAUAGGAAGAGGCAAUAUGAGUCAUCUGGUAAAUAAAGAUGAUCCAAAUGUUGUGGAAAUAUGGAAUCUUGUUUUUAUGACACAAAAAAGAUUACAAAACGGUAUUAUUGAACCAUUAGGUGGAAAGUUUAUUGAUUGUGGAAUGGGAUUUGAAAGAUUACUUUCUAUUAUUCAAGAGAAACCUUCAAGUUAUGAUACAGAUUUAUUUUCACCUCUUAUGAAGGAAAUAGAAAAUUUUCAGAUAGAAAAAUUUUCAUAUCAAGGUACCAUAGGAAAUGAUAAAGUUGGUAUUCAAGAUACAGCAUACAGAUUGGCAAGUGAUCAUAUUAGAGCCAUAUCUAUAUCAAUUGCUGAUGGUGUCCGACCAUCAUCCAAUGAUCAUGGUUUUAUUUUAAGACAACUUAUUAGGCGUGCCGUAUAUACAAUGAAAAAAAAUUUAGGAUGCCCAGAAAAUUCAUUUAAUAAACUAGUUCCAAUAGUUAUUGAUAGUUUAGGUGAUGCUUAUCCUGAGUUACGUGGAAAUGAAAAUUUAAUUCGAGAAAUAGUAAAUAAUGAAGAAAUAAAAUUUUGGAAAUUAAUUAAAAAUAAUGAUAAAUUAGUAAGAAAGUCAAUUCAAUCAAUUGAAAGUAAAAUUAUUCCUGGAGAAGUUGCAUGGAAUCUUUAUUCAACAAAUGGUGUUCCUAUUGAUGUUGUUAAAAGUAUAGGUAUGGAGUAUGGUAAAAUUGUUGAUAUCAUUAAAUAUGAAGAACUUUCUAAACAGUAUAGAAAAAAAGGAAAUACAUUAAAAAAAUCAGUUGUUUGA